UAUGCAGUGGUCAAUCAAAUCAAAACAUUUAUACAACCUCCCUGUUAGAUCGAAUAAAAAAUUGUUUUUUUCUUCGUAUUUUCAGGAGGUUUUUAUACAACAAUCUCUUCAUUUAUCUGCGGCAGUAGAGAAGUCGUCUUCUUCGUUCUCUCUCCUGUUUUUGCUCUCUCUACGUCUCUAUCUGUCGCUGAGAGCAAUUAUACACUGUCCAGGAAGAGCUCGGAGGAAACUGAGCUGCACUAGAAAGAAUGCAUUUCCAGCUGAUAUUCUGGAUCUAAAAUUCCCGGAACUAUUUUUGUUGUUGUUGUUGUUGUUGUUGUUUAGUUUAAAUUCAGGAAAAGGAUUUAGAGCAGCUCCUGGGAAAUGGGGGUUUUGCGAGAUUCAUGGUGUUUCUGUAAUGGCGGAGGCAAGUCCGAGAGAAUGAAGGCUUCCAUUUUCUCGAGCAAAGGUCCGGCAAUGGCGGUAAUCGCCGCCGGCAACGGUGGCGGCACUGCCUUCUUGAUCCACCGCAAUCUUCUCCUCACCACUCACGUCAACCUCCCUUCCGCCGCCGCAGCCGAGGCCGCCGAGAUCCGCAUCCAAAACGGCGCCGCUGCGUGCCUGUUCCCUCACAGAUUCUUUAUUACUAGCUCGAUACUUGAUCUGAGUAUCGUGGGCCUUGAUGCCAUGGAUGGAGACACGAAUGGGCAGGUUCAGCAUCCUCAUUUUCUGAAAACCUGUUCGAAACCAAAUCUUGAGCUAGGUAGUGUAGUUUACCUAUUAGGGUACAGCGAGAAAAAGGAGCUGACAGUUGGUGAAGGGAAGGUUGUGAUCGCCACCGACAAUCUUAUAAAGCUGUGUACAGAUGGAGUAGCAUGGAGCCCUGGGUCUGCGGGUUUUGAUGUUCAUGGAAAUCUCGCGUUCAUGGUAUGUGAUCCUAUGAAGCUCGCCACGUCUCCGAACUCAAAGUCAUCUACGACUUCACCAUCUUCAUCGUCAUCGUGGAAGAAGGAUAGUCCUAUGCAAUUUGGUAUACCAAUCCCGGUUAUAUGUGACUGGUUAAACCAGCACUGGGAGGGAAACCUCGACGAACUCAACAAACCCAAGUUGCCACUAAUGCGAUUGAUGUCCGGUGGCCAAAAGAGCGAGCAUUCUUGUGCUUCCUUCACCUUGAGGCGAGUUUUCAAGUCUACUGAAGGCGAGAACGAGGGAACUCCAACAUCCUCGAACACAGUGUUGAAACCUAGAGAGCAGCCGGGGCCGAGCUGCUCCACCAUUGUUAAUAAUCUGGAAGACGAAACACUGACUACAGAUCAACGCGCUACUACACAUGUGCAGGGAAUUCCAACUCCUGAAAUCUACGAGUCGCCAAAGGUAACUUCAAUAGCCGUCAGGAGGAAGGAGAGCGCUCAAAUCCAGCUGUUGGAUAUUAACUUCCCACCGAGGAAUGCCAAAACUGCUGCCUCCCCGCAAUCUGCAAGAAAAAUGCCUUCAAACCAUGAUGAAAAUUGUGUAGAUCAGCCUCCCUCUCACCAAGUGCUGAGAAAACAAGAAAAUUUUAGUGAUGGCCCGGAAAUCGACCCUGUAGCAGAUGCUGAGGUUGCCUCAACUGGCUCCAUAAAUGGGGCUCAAAGCGAGGUCCAAAGUUCAUCCCCUGUCGAGGCAUCAGAGAUGCAACAUGAUUACAGUAGCGAGGGAGAGACUACCAUGUACUCCGCAGAAACUGCAGAAAGCCGAAACAUUCCAAGCCCUAGACACGGGAAAUUCCAGCAGGUAGGGAGGAGCCAAAGCUGCAUGAAUUACAACAGAUGGGGAGCUGUACAAAGAAGUUCAGCUGCACACAGGACAACAACACCAGAGAAGCAUAGAAACUUCAUGCAGGGUAGAAAGGUCUACUCUCAAGGGGCAACUUCGCAGAGGAGCAACGACUAUUUCAGCCCCACAGUUUCUUCCAUCAUGAAGAAACGAAACACCCCACCCCCACCCGAGGUGGUACCCAGCAGGCCACGUCAAAGCACAGGAAAUUCAUCUCCAAGAUGGAUGUUCUAAGCUCUAGCUGCAACAACUAUUUCAAUCCCACGGUUUCUUCCACCAUGAAGAAACAAAACACCCCCCCCCCCCCCCUCUCGAGGUGGUACCCAGCAGGCCACGUCAAAAUGCAGCAAAUUCAUCUCCCAGAUGGAUGUUCUUGCCCACAAAAGACGAAAUUCCCUCGCCCCAGAUGGUUUAAAGGCAAAUUCUUUUCAUUUGCUCUCACAUUUUCUGGCCUGCACACACUUUUGGCAAGCUCUUUUUUCCCAUACUGUAACUAAUUUAUUGUGACUACUAGAUAUGUAGAGCAUAUAAAAGAGCUAUUCCAUAUUAGAACAGUUCUGAACAAGCCACAGAUGUAUUGUUCACUUAUAUAGCAAAAGCUACAAGACUGAUUUAUAUUCUAGAGGUAAUAAUUUGCAGUGUACUUUUAAA